ACACUGGCGGCAACAGCUGUUCUGUUUUUCCAUUGUCGCUGCCCGAUUAAAUUAUACAAUUGUUGGCGUUUUCCGACGUCCAUAUCGCAGAGUCCACAAACAAACGGUGCAAAAUGGUAGCUGGUGGUGCCUCGGAAACGGGCGGCGUGAAGCCGAUGGUCAUUGCGGGCCGCAUGGUGCGGGAGCGGGAGCGACUCAUUGGCAUGUCGGCGGAGGAGCGCGCCUGGCGCAAACAGUGGCUGAAGGACCAGGAGCUGCACCAUGGACCCCGCAAGGUGCCCGCCCUGGAGCUGGAGCUGAACAACCCCAUCAAGCGCUUCUACCGCGCUCCCCUGGACAAGGUCUGCAAUGUUUUGGAACCCGUCCUGGGCUUCCAGAGGGCGUUCACUGUGCGCUACUGGACCGGAAAGGCUCUUCUCGCCCUCACCGGAAUCUACGCCGGCGCCUACUACUUUAAGUACAACCAGAAUGAUUGGACCCGGAAGGGCGGCUUCCGUGUGAUCCACUCGCGCAAGCAGUGCGUGCCUGGAGAUGAAGGCUAUCCCAAGGUCUCCGAUCGAUCGGCGCCAUCCGAUUACGCGGCUCGCGGAUUCAAGGAGUCGCCUCUGAAAGCUUGAAGAUCGUCCCCGAGCUGGCUUAGUGAUUUUGCUUAAGUUUGAAACGUAAAUUAAUAAUAUCAAAACAAAAAUCGCAAUAAAUAUGGAAACGAAAACACA